AUGGGUAACAGGUGUUGCUGCAUUCAAGUUAAUCGGUCUACGGUGGCAGUCAAGGAGAGAUUUGGCAAGUUCGAUGAAGUACUACAACCCGGGUGCCACUUCGUUCCUCGUAUUCUUGGGUAUAAGAUUGCUGGUCAUCUCUCACUCCGAUCGUAUCAGUUGGAUGUGAAAUGCGAGACGAAGACCAAGGGCAAUGUGUUUGUUACUGUUAUUGCAUCUGUGCAAUACCGAGUCGUUGCAGACAAACCAGAAGAUGCAAUUUACAAACUCAGCAACCCGAUAAAUCAGAUUCGGGCCUAUGUGAUUGGUGCGAUCGUAGCUAGUAUUGGAAAGAUGGACUUGGAUGAGGCUUUUGAGAAAAUGAAUGAAAUUUCCGAAGCUGUUGAAGAUGAACUCGCACAGGUUAUGUUGGCCAAUGGAUGUGAGAUUGUAAAAACGUUGAUCAUCAACAUUAUACCGGACGAGCGUGCUAAGCAAGCUAUCAGUGAAUUGAAUGCUGAAAUUAGACUUUAUUUGGUGCUUAAAAUCUACUUCAAAGUAUAUUUUGAUCGGAGAUCAUAUUUGAGUUUACUGAAAGUUCUAUUUUUGUUUUGGACCGUGGUUGCAGCAAUCCUUUCUGGGAUGGGUACUGCAAAUCAGCAUCAGGCCGUUGUGGAUGCUUUAAGAAAUGGUGUGAUUGGCUUCUCCGAGAGCGUCCCAGGAACAACAGUAAAGGACAUCAUGGACAUGGCUCUCACAACUCAGUACCUGGACUCCAUCAAGGAAUAG